AUGGGUAGGCGAGACAUCCACGGAGUGGGCGGGGCCACGGGACCAAGCGGCCUCGGGCGUGAGCCGAGAGGGGCCAGAGCGGUGAGGUCUUGCAGGUCUCUGCAAGUGCCGCGGCAGCGUGGCGUAUCCUGCGACCACGGCGGGAGAAAACCGGCACUUUCUUCAACAGUAGGUUGUAGCUUUCUGGGCAAGAUCAUCGGAAAAUCUAAGAACUAUGAACCUUAG